AUGAGCGGCCGAGGAGAGGGAAAGGGCAGGAAAAAAAUUACUACCAUUUUAGGGGAGGAUGUAAGCCACUAUAGCAGCCCAUCUAAGAGCGACGAGCCGUACGGGGCGCACUUCAUCCAGGGAGGCGUGCAGGCGUCCGCGGCGAGCUGCUCCAAGCCUUCCCGGGAGGAGGAGGAGGCCAGCCCGGGUGCGAUCAUUCCAGACUUCUCCCAUUUCUCCAACAAACCUCUGAACGGAUUCUCACCCUGGGCCAACACGUCCACGUCCUCCUCCUCGUCCUCCCCGCAGCUGCAGUCCAACAUCCAGGGUCUGUUCCACCCGCACCCGCUGCUCAGCCACCACCACCCCCACCAGCAGCACCACCACCUUCAGCACCACCAGCCACCGCAGCAGAGCGCAUACUACGGCCCGCAGGCAGCCCCAGCACCCCCGGAGCACCUCGCCUCCUCCGCGGCGUCGGAGAGCAGGUUCGUGCGCUGCUGGGAGGGCGAGUCCGUCUGUCUCCCCCACGCUCUCCCCCACGCUCUCCCCCCGCAGAGCGACGUCUCCAGCCCCGUCAUCAACACUUCCAACGCUGCGUACGAAGCGGUCAAACCAGAGAGCUCUCCCCGGGCAGACGCGAGCCCAGACGAGGCCAGCUUCAGCCCGAGCCCCGUGGUGCUGGAGCGGCUGGAACGGGUCGGCACCGCGCAGGAACUCGGGAGGAAGAGGAGCGAACCCAAGAAGGAGAGCGAGGAGAGGAAGAGCCAGAGCCAGGAGCAGCAGCAGCCGUCUGAGCCCGAGAACCCCUCGGCCAGCUGGAUCCACGCCAAGUCCACCAGGAAGAAGCGCUGCCCCUACACCAAGCACCAGACGCUGGAGCUGGAGAAGGAGUUCCUCUACAACAUGUACCUGACCCGGGACCGCAGGCUGGAGGUGGCCGGGCUCCUGAACCUGACCGAGAGGCAGGUCAAGAUCUGGUUCCAGAACCGCCGCAUGAAGAUGAAGAAGCUGAUGAUCCGAGAGCGGAGGGGCGUGCACGACUGA